AUGCCUGGUAUGACAGCUUAUGCUGGAUUUUACGAAGUUUGUUCACCUAAAAAGGGAGAGACCGUCUUCGUGUCAGCCGCAUCUGGCGCAGUUGGUCAGCUCGUGGGACAAUUUGCAAAGUUGAUGGGUUGUUAUGUAGUUGGUAGUGCCGGCAGUAAAGAAAAGGUUGAUCUUCUCAAGACAAAGUUUGGAUUUAAUGAUGCUUUCAAUUACAAGGAAGAGAAGGACCUUAACGCUGCCCUAAAGAGGUGUUUUCCGGAAGGGAUCGACAUAUAUUUUGAGAACGUGGGAGGAAAAAUGUUAGAUGCAGUACUCAUAAACAUGAAGUUGCACGGCCGUGUCGCAGUAUGUGGAAUGAUCUCACAGUAUAAUUUAGAGGAUCCAGAAGGCGUACACAACCUACCAACCAUCCUUUACAAGAGGAUACAAAUUCAAGGGUUUGGGGUAUGUGAUUUCUACGACAAGUAUCCUAAGUUUUUGGAAUUUGUGCUUCCUCACAUUAGAGAAGGGAGGAUAACAUAUGUUGAGGACAUAGCCGAAGGAUUCGAGAGUGGGCCUUCUUGUCUGUUAGGACUCUUCGAAGGAAAAAACGUCGGGAAUCAACUCUUUGUGGUUGCUCGUGAGUGA